AAGAACAUUAUCUGAGUCGAUUAUCUUCUACUUGCAGAGAAGAUUCCUUUUCAGAGUUAUCUAUUCCAGAUUCGCCACCUCCACCUUACCCAGGUCUUGUGGGAAUAUCAGAUUCAUUCACAACAGCUCCAGAAG